GUGUAAGGUGGUGGUGGGGGGGUUGACCCGGUCACAACGUGGGGAAGUUGGGUUUUUCUGCGUUGCCAUGGGGUUUUGUCAAACCUAUUGACCGCGAUAGGCUCCCUUCUUUUCUUUCGCCCGUCUUUGUGGAGGAGAAAAAGGAGGAAGAAAGUGCUAUUACUUUUUCUUCCCCAUACCCUCCUCCUCCUCCUCACAGAGGCGCGUCGGGAGGAGCGGGUGGGGGGAGGAGGUGGCUCUGGCAGCAUCCAGAGAAGGGAGGAGGAGCGGAGGUGCUCCGGCUCAGACCAACAGCAAGACGAGGCGGCGUACCGCUUACCGACGAGCCUCCCCUCCGCCCUCCGCCUCAGCGGGAACCGCCGUUAACUUUGAGCGCGAGCUGCCGCGAGGAGCACUACACCUGCGCGUCGGAGUUUCCAGCACUUUCUGCCCCUCGACGUUCGUCUUUCAUCCUCUCUGCGAGAAGCCACCAUCGUCUACCUCUCUCAGGUACUAGAUCUGCAGCCCAGCAGAGAAAUGAACUGAGGACACCGAGGAAGGCACCUGUUUACUGAGGACGUCCGAAAUCCACCAUUGAAACCAUGACACAGCAAAGAGGCUCAGGAUUGGUCGCUCUGUUGACCGCCCUCAACUGUUUUUUUGCCUUUCCUCUGGCUGCAGCGAUGGACAUCCCACUGGAAGUUUUAACUCACGCAAACAUCGAGCAGCUGCCCACCAUCACGGCUCAGUCUCCUGGCGCCGUCAUCGCCCUGCCCUUCGAAGAGAGCUUCACCGUGUCGUGUGAAGCUAAAGCGAAUCCCGAGCCAGAGUUCAGGUGGACAAAGAAUGGCCGGGAAUUCGACCCCUCCCUGGACCCCCUCCUGAGGACAGAGGAGAGUUCUGGGACCUUUGUGAUACCCAAUAAUGGAAACCUGACAGAGUACCAGGGAACGUACCGCUGCUUCGCCUCCAACAAGCUGGGGACCACAGUCUCUCAGGAGAUUGAGUUCAUAGUGCCGAAAAUUCCGAAGUUCCCAAAAGAGGUGUUUGAACCGGUCGUGGUGGAGGAAGGCCAGCCUUUUAUACUUAAGUGUGACCCGCCUAAGGGCAUCCCCCCUCUCCAGAUCUACUGGAUGACCAUCAACCUGCAGCACAUCGAGCAGGACGACCGGGUCUCCAUGGGCUUGAACGGCGACCUCUAUUUCUCUCACGCUGAGGAGAAGGACAGCAGGAGGGACUACUGCUGCUUCGCCGCCUUCCCCAAGAUCCGCACCAUCGUCCAGAAGAACGCCAUGUCCGUCGUCGUCAGCACGAGGAAAAGUGAGAGUCCUAACGGCGCAAACUCCAUCCUGCAGAGGAAACCCUCUCUUCUGACGCCCCCUGGUGUCGGAUCAGAGGCGGUGCUGGUCAAGGGAGAAGACCUGAAGCUGGAGUGCAUUGCAGAAGGAAUUCCAACUCCAAAAGUGGAAUGGGUGAAGAUGGGUCACCGACUUCCUGACAAAGCCAGACUGGAGAACCACGGGAAAGUUCUGGUCAUUCCGAGAGCUGAGCAGGAUGACGGCGGGAAGUACAUGUGCAAAGCCAAGAACCCACUUGGAGAAGUUGUCCACUAUUUCACAGUAACUAUUGAAGAGCCUCCAGAGUAUGUGGUGGAGCCGCAGAGCCAGCUCAGCAUGAUCGGCGCUGACGUGGUCAUCAAGUGCUCGGUCGGCGGGAGCCCCCAGCCCGUCACCACGUGGAGGGUCAACGGCGUGCCUCUGCAUGAGUCCCCGGCAGAGAACAGGAAGAUAUUUGACGACACCAUCAUCAUACAAAACGCCCAGACGUCGGACAGCGCCGUGUAUCAGUGCGAGGCCUCCAACAAGCACGGGAAGAUUCUGACCAACGCCAACAUCAUGAUCAUGAAUCUGUUCCCCAUCAUUUUGACCAGCGAUGAAGAGGAGUACUCUGCAGUGGAGGAGCAGGGCGUGAUGAUGCACUGCAAAGUCUUCAGCUCGCCGCCUUCCACCAUCUUUUGGAGUAAAGAUGAUUCUUCCGAGUUGGUUACGGGAUCUAGGUUCACGGUACACAACAACGGCUCACUGGAGAUCCACACCGUCGAGAAAGGCGACACGGGCCAGUAUACGUGCUUGGCCAAAAAUCUAGAAGGAACCUCAGCAAUCAACGCCAUGCUUUAUGUAAAAGAUCCCACCAAGAUAGUGGCCCCCCCACAGGACCAGUGGGUCUUGAUUGGCACGGAUGCUCAGCUCUCCUGUCUGGUCGAGUUCGACGAGUCCUUUGGGAGCUCCUUUGAGCUCCUUUGGGAAAAAGACGACGAGGAGAUUUCCCCCAACAAUACCGAACAUUCCAGCAGAUACUUCAUAGAGGACGGCGUUCUGCACAUCGCCAACGUGAGCCACAGAGACCAGGGCGAGUACAGAUGUGUGGCUAAGACUCCCGUUGACAGAGACGCGGCGUCGGCCCAGCUCAUCGUUUUGGAUGUCCCCGACGCGCCCUGGAGUGUUGCCCUGUCUGAGCGUAAGAACAGAAGUGUGAAGCUGCGGUGGACCCCUGGAGAAGACCACAACAGCUCUGUCACAGAAUUCGUCAUUGAGUUUGAAGAAAACAAGUGGCAGCCGGGCAGCUGGAGGGAGCUGCAGCGAGUGCCGGGCAACCACAACUCCGCCAUCCUGGACCUCCACGGCCACAUCGGCUACCGCUUCCGCGUCUACGCCGUCAACGCCGUGGGGGCGGGGCGGCCCAGCGAGCCCACGGAGCGAUACCUGACCCCCCCUGCAGCCCCGGACAAGAACCCUGAAAAUAUCAAAAUCGAAGGUCAUUUGCCACAUGAAAUGGAUAUCAACUGGGAGCCCCUGUCGCCCAUCGAGCACAACGGCCCCGGUUUGGAGUACAAGGUGAGCUACAGGCGGCAGGACGUGGAGGACGAGUGGAAGGAGCACACCGUCAAGCGCCACUCCUUCGUGGUCAGGAACACACCGACGUUUGUGCCGUACGAGAUCAAGAUCCAAACCAAGAACCAUCAGGGCUGGGGGCCCGAGCCCAAGAUGGUGACGGGAUACUCAGGAGAGGACUUUCCCUCUGCUGCGCCCGACGAUGUAGCCGUGGAAGUGAUGAACAGCUCAGUGGUCAAGGUUACCUGGAAACAAGUACCCAAGGACAAGCUGCACGGACACCUGGGAGGCUACAGGGUAAACUGGUGGCGCCUGCGCAGCCUGCUGCACUCAAAGAAAAGCCACGGGGAAAAACACACGGCCGCCUUCCCGGGCAGCCGGAGCCACGGCACGGUUUCGGGGCUGGUGCCCUUCUCUGAGUAUAGCCUCAUCGUGAUGUCCUUCAACGGGCGCGGAAACGGCCCGGGCAGCCACCCCGUCAUCUUCAAAACCCCAGAGGGAGUUCCUGAGAAAAUCCCAGUUUUUAGGGUCACAGACGUUCAGAAGCGGUCCAUAUCUCUGGCUUGGACCCCUCCUCUGGAGCCAAACGGGAUUCUCACUGGAUACCUCCUGGAGUAUCAGCUCAUCAAUGACACAGAGGAGGCGGGGCCUCUCCAGACGGAGGACAUCAGGAACCCCGACACUACCAAGUGGCUCCUGCGCGACCUGGAGCCUUUGAGCAAAUACAGGUUCCAGCUGCGCUCCUGCACCAGCGAGGGCUGCGGAACCGUCGUCAGCCUGGAGAGCACAACCCUGGAAACAAGUCUCGCCAGCGUCCACGCCGGAAUAUCCAGCCAGGGCUGGUUCAUCGGCCUGAUGAGCGCCAUCGCUCUCCUCACGCUGGUCGUGCUGGUCGCCUGCUUCGUCAACAGGAACAAAGGGGGGAAGUAUUCAGUCAAAGAAAAAGAAGACCUUCACCCGGACGUGGAGUCCCAGGGAAUAAAUGACGACACUUUCUGUGAAUACAGUGACAACGACGAGAAGCCCCUGAAGGGCAGCCAGCACUCGCUGAGCGGGGGCCUCAAGGCGGAGGACAGCGGGGACAGCCUGGUGGACUACGGCGACGACGACGUGCAGUUCAACGAGGACGGCUCCUUCAUCGGCGAGUACGCGGCGAAGAAGGAGAAGAGGGCGUCGGCGGAAAUCAAAGCGACGGCUCAAACCCCGGCGUGACGAGUUUGUCGAUUCUCCAGACUAAAAGAAAAACAGACACUGAACGUAAUGAAUCGUUGCCAACUGCCACUCAAUUUCUACAGCUCAUUUUUUGUCACACCGUGACCAUUACUAAAUGCAGUGUAUAUACGAUGUAUAUUCUACGUGCUGAGUGUCCUUUUUUUUAUAUAUUAUUGUUGCAUUAAAUGUAGAGUUUUCUGUGUUUGUUUCUCCAUGGUUUCCGUUUUUACGUAAUCUCUUUGGGGACUCCUUUCCUGUGUUUUGGUCGCACACAUGCGGCCGAGAUUUUCCGACUUGAAUCUCAUUCUAUGACGAUGACCGCUUGCUUUCUGACUUUUUCCAGUGGAAACUUAAAAGCCUUCACAUAUCACUGUGUUUCUAGAAAGUGUCAAUUCCUAAAUUGUUUACUCGUGGGAAAAAGGAAAAGUGUGGGCGUCGAGAUCCGACGGAUCAGGGAAAAAAACGUUUGUCAUUGAGACGCCACCUAGUGGACCCUAAUAGUCACAUUUAUUGCUGCAACGGUGUCAGUAAAGAUCUUUUAGAAUGUCAAUUUCCAAAUGUAACAUUUUGGAAGCAAUUUUUUUUUCUUUUUUUUUUAAAGUUGAAACAUGUUUUGAUAUUCAUUUUUUCGUAAUGCAACAAUGAGAACAUUUAAAAAAAAACAAGCAAACCUUGUUUUUGCUAACUUAUUCCUAAUAUGCUUUGGACUACAGCAAUUAUAUAAAACUGAAAAUUUCUCUUAAAAUGUGCAUUUUCUUGCCGAGUAAUCUUACAUUUGUCUAGAAUUUUGUGAAUAUUUUAUAUCAUAUUGUACUUCUUUUUUUUCAAAUAAAAUUAUAAAAAUUCAGAAAAUUGAUCACCAGAAGAAUUUAGGUGUACAAAAACAUCAAAUUCACACAAUUUAAGAUUUUAAAACAAAAGGGUACAUUUUUUUGCUAGUUUUGGUGUAUGGAAAAAUCACUACCUCCAUCUAGUGUCAAAACUAGGAAUUGCAACAAAAUUAGCCGUCUUUCAUCCCUGAUUUAAAAAAAAGAUGGUCUUAAAAUAGAUUUUUUUGGUCCUUUUCAAAACUUUUACAUUUUAAUAUUACAAAAAAGAGCAAAGCUAGCUAGUUAUUUCAUUUGAAUGGUUUUGAAUAUCAGAAUAAGAGCGUGGAAUGAACUUUGGAUGAAUUAGGAAGCAUGAAAGGAUAAAAAAAAAAUAGCAAGACGUCGUCAGACUGAACUAAUCUUUGCACUUUUGUGGAAAAGCCAUGCUGUAUUUUAGAUGGAAAGUGUUCUCUUUUGAUCUUCUAAAGAGCUAUUGUAUCUUUGUUUUUUUGAGAAUUUCAAGAUCUUAUAGUCGCAUUCAAGUGGAAAAGGUUAACGUUUUCAGAACCUGACAUAUUCUCGAAUUCUUACAUUGACUUGUAUGGCAGCUUAAGACCUUGAAGUUCUCCUGAACAUCCAACCGGACAACUUUUCCUUUGAAUGUACCGACACGAAAAUCCAGGUCAUUUCUUUUUUCCGUUAUGACUGACUUAGCAGUGAGCGUUUGUGUUUUGUUAGAUGUUCUGCAGUCUACUGGAGUUGGCUAAUUUAAAGCUCACAAUGAAUGAAAACGUUUUGUAAUCAGAGUAUGGGUUGAACUCUGACCUCCUCUCUAAACGCUUUGAUGUCAGCUGACAAAGCCUCUCUUCCUUUCAUCUAACAGCAUCAGUAAAAUAAAAUGAUUUGUGAAGAUUAGGUCUCUGCAUGUUGCAAAUGUUACCUUAUGUGUGUGUGUUUUUUUUUUAAAUGUCAUUAAAUUGUUUUACUUUCUUAUA